AUGGGGGAUGCCAAUGGCGCUCUUUUUGGUGACUUUGGUAAUCCGGGUAGUCAUGAAUUGCAAUGUGGGAUUCUACUUCCUACAACGGAAACAAAUUUCACUAUCCACCCGCACUACACUCAAAUGGUGCGUGGAGAUCAAUUUUCUGGAGCAGCUCAUGAAGAUCCGAUAGAGCAUUUGGACAAAUUUCUCGAGACAUGUGCUUUAAUCCAAACCAACCAAGUCACUCAAGAAUACAUCCGGAUGCACCUUUUUCGGUAUUCGCUCACAGGCAAGGCUUAUAGGUGGCUCAAAAACCUAAAGCCCGGCUCGUUGGCCACAUGGAGAGACACGGCCAAAGCUUUCUUGAACAAGUUCAUUCCCGAAGACAAAUCAACCGAAUUGAGGCAGAAAAUUUCAUCAUUUAGGCAAGAAAGGUAUGAAUCUUUGGGGGAAGCUUGGGACCGGUUUAAAGAGUAUGUGAGAGCUUGCCCACACCAUGAGUUUGACAAGCAACUUCUCAUCAAGUUCUUCUAUGAUGGUCUUGACGACAUACCCAAGCAAAAUUUGAAUUCCGGAUGUGGUGGACAUAUUAGCAAGGUGCCUCAAGCUCAAUUGGAGGACACCAUAGAGGAAGUUGUGAGGUACUAUUCUACGAGUGGUGAAAGAAGAAGAGGUGAAGAGAGAGCUUCGGGCAAAUUCGAGCUUGAUCAAGGUUCACUCAAGGCUCUUAUGGAACAAGUCAUUGACAAGAAGCUGGGAAAUAGCCAAGGGUCUUCAUCUUCCUCCACCAAUCAAGUACACUCUUUCUCUUGUGAGAAUUGUGGGGGUACCAACCAUGAUAUAUCAUAUUGUGGUGGUCGAGACCCCGAACAUGUAGCGGCAAUGGGGUACAUGAACAAUCAACGUGAUAAUUGGAGAGCCCCCAAUGCCAAUUAUGGUAAUAGAUUUCAAGAUGCAAGUGGCCCAAGCCACAACACGGGUCAAAUGGCUCCCUUUCCAAAUCCAAAUGCUAGCAAUCACCCUAGAGCACCAUUCAAGCAAGGACCACCCAACCAAUUUCAAAAUUUCCAACCCAACCCUUCCAUGCAAAAUGAUCCUAAUCAACAAAUGCUCAUGGAAACUCUCAAUAGAAUCCAAUCAAGCCUAUCCGCCAUGGAUCAAAGAAUAACCAAUAGUGAGCGAAAAGCGGAUCAAAGGCAUCAAGAGGUCACCGCACAUCAAAAGAUGAUGGAUAAUCAAGUGGCUCAACUCGCCGAGAGGGUGACCAAUCUAGCCAAUGAGAAGCUCCCGGGCCAACCUACUACCAACCCGGCUACCACCCAUCAUAUCAAAGCUAUCUCUCUUAGGUCCGGAAAGUCUUAUGAGGGGCCUAGGAGUGAUCAAUCGGAGCACAACAAGGAGGGUGAAGAGCAAGUGGUUGAAGAGGUCAAUGGAGAUAGCCACAAAUAG